AAUAAAUAGUGGUUUCUCCGAAGAAGCGCUUCACUUUAGGUUGAGGUCCAGGUGAGGAAAGUUGUUGCAGAGAUUUCAUUGGUGUGGUUUUUAUACGUCGAGCUCUGGUUUGCUUUCAUUUAUCGUGUGUAACGGAACCGUGGCCGUGGGUUUGACGCCGGGACAGGACACAUUUAGCGGAAGAGCUAACACAGUCUGCGCAUUACUGAAGUUCAGAGACUGUCGAGCUGGCAGAGAUGUUUCAAAUAAAGAGGAUCUGUUGCAUUGGUGCGGGUUACGUAGGAGGCCCAACAUGCAGCGUCAUCGCCCAGAUGUGCCCGGAAAUCACAGUGACUGUUGUGGACGUCAAUGAGUCCCGAAUCAAGGCCUGGAAUUCUGACACUCUGCCCAUUUAUGAGCCUGGACUGAAGGAGGUGGUUGAAUCAUGCAGAGGAAGAAAUUUGUUUUUUUCCACAGACAUAGACUCGGCUAUCAGGGACGCAGACCUCGUCUUUAUCUCUGUGAACACCCCAACAAAGACUUACGGGAUGGGGAAAGGUCGUGCGGCUGACCUGAAGUUCAUCGAGGCGUGCGCCCGGCGCAUUGUCGAGAUGUCCGACGGCUACAAGAUUGUCACGGAGAAGAGUACGGUGCCAGUGCGCGCCGCCGAGAGCAUUAGACGGAUAUUUGACGCCAACACCAAACCCAGCCUCAACCUGCAAGUGCUGUCCAACCCAGAGUUCCUCGCAGAAGGAACGGCGGUGCGGGAUCUGAAGGAGCCAGAUCGCGUCCUGAUUGGUGGAGAUGAGACUGCUGAAGGUCAAAAGGCGAUCAGAGCGUUGUGUGCUGUAUAUGAGCACUGGGUCCCCAAGGAGCGCAUCAUCACCACCAACACGUGGUCAUCUGAGCUCUCAAAGCUGGCAGCUAAUGCAUUCCUGGCACAGCGAAUCAGCAGCAUCAACAGUAUCAGUGCUCUGUGCGAGGCCACUGGAGCCGACGUGGAGGAAGUGGCCAAGGCGAUCGGCAUGGACCAGAGAAUAGGGAACAAGUUCCUUAAAGCCAGCGUAGGUUUUGGUGGAAGCUGUUUCCAGAAGGAUGUGCUGAAUCUGGUGUAUCUGUGCGAAGCCCUCAACCUGCCUGAGGUGGCUUCCUAUUGGCAGCAGGUGAUCGACAUGAAUGAGUACCAAAGACGACGGUUUGCCUGCAGGAUCAUCGACUGUCUCUUCAACACUGUUACCGGCAAAAAGAUCGCCCUGCUAGGCUUCUCCUUCAAAAAGGACACGGGUGACACGAGGGAGUCGUCCAGUAUCUACAUUUCUAAGUACCUGAUGGAUGAGGGCGCCAAGCUGUUCAUCUAUGACCCCAAAGUCCUUAAAGAGCAAAUCAUUCACGACCUCUCCCAGCCCAGCAUCUCCGAGGACAACCCAGAGAGAGUGUCUGAGUUGGUGACUGUGACAUCAGACCCUUAUGAGGCUUGCCAGAGCGCUCAUGCAUUGGUCAUCUGCACAGAGUGGGACAUGUUUAAGGAACUGGACUACGAUAAGAUUUACAAGAACAUGCUGAAGCCGGCUUUCAUGUUUGAUGGCCGCAGAGUGCUGGACCACCUUCACCCUCAUCUUCAGAGCCUUGGCUUCCAGAUCGAGACCAUCGGUAAAAAGGUGACACCAGCACGAAUCCCCUACACUCCAGCAGCUGCUGGUCCUCGAAUCACUGCCAGCGACGUUCCCACCAGCAAAGCAAAAGUCUGAAACUCAUUUCUUCAUCACUCAACAUGCAGCAGAUUCCUCCUAGCCUUUCCCCCCUGUAGCUGGUGAAACAAUCCAGAUCCUUCUCCCUCAGAUGCUGUAUCAUGCCCGAUGAACAGCGUGUGUGGGGGGGAUUGGAUGAGAGCUGCUGAUCCUUGAAUCCAAAAUUCGUGAAUGAUUGUUUUUUGUUUUUGAUUAAAGCAUUCCAUAUGUGGUUAGUUUUAUACAUUUCACAUAUCAGGUACACCUGUUGGACUGAUUUUUGAUGAACACUAUCAGCCUGAGUGUUAUAUUUACUGUACAAUCAACUAUUGUUCUAAAUCACAAAUUUUAUACUUAUAGUAUUUUUUAUAAAUCUACUGUAUGUUAGUCUGUCCUCAAUAUCUGUGGCUGUUUACUCAAAAGGGCCAAUGCAAGUAAAUUAAUUUUUC